UUUUUGUUGAAUGCUUUCUUAUCCAAAAACCCGUUACUGCGCGCAUACUUGGUUCAUCAGCGCUUGCGGCAAAGCACUCAGCCCACUAGCAUUAUUAUCAUUACUAAUAAUGAGCUCAUAUUUUUCUCUUGCAACAAUUGUGGUCUGGUUAAUUUCUGCCGAUACAAGCUGGUACUUGUAAGUUGAGAGAACUCUCAUUAACGGCACACGAGUAUUAUUUCUUAAUUGUUUUUUUUUUGCGAAUUCUGAUUUUUCAUGCAUGAGCAUUCGCACAAAUACCAAUUUAUAGGUAGCUAAUGUAUGCACAUCCGCUUAAAUCCCGAAUAUAUUUCGGACUUCAACCGGGAAACUCGUCUUAAUGUUGGUAUCUACACAACUUUCCAAAACUCAUUCCGUUCCUGCUAAAAACUCAAUUUCAGUUUUCAGUGGCAAAUGCCUUCCCCAUUAUAUUCUCCGCCACCCGUAGUUGACAUUGAUCCAUAUCAUGGAAGAAAGAUCGGAUUCAAUAAAAGCUAUUUUACCAGUAUCGGCGGAAUUUUAAAAGUGGUCGCUAUGGUGUGCGCAUUAAUUGCAAUGAUAGCGCUGGAAUCGGGAAUCCAUCGAGAGCACGGCGUGCAUUUUCGCGUUACGGGAACAACAUUUCACGAAUUCACCGUUGUCACGUCGUGGUUGUUCCUAACAAUUUUCAUUGCAUUGGCGGGAUUUGUCGUAUGGACGACUACUGGAUUAAGUGAAACCGCUAUGGAUGCCAUUGUAAUUGGACAUUCGGCGUUGUGGUGCACUAUCACUUUCAUCUCGUCAUGUGUUCUAGCGGGCUCUACAAACUAUUCGCCAUUUGCAGCAAGUGCAGCCUUUGGAUUUCUUGAGAGUUUGGCUCUUCUGGGAGUCAUUAUUGUUACGAGCCGGGCUUUAAUCAAGCGUUUUCGGAAAUCCUCUUCUUCGAGGGAUAUCCGUGUCAGAGAUCACGAGCAGAGAAAAUUAAACUGGUAUGGGCGACACUAACGAGUUUUUAAAUUUUGCAAAAGCAUCGGCGCUACUCUGUAGCACAAUAAUUAUGAUACAUUGCAAAAUACUGAUCUGAUCUGUACACACUGUCUGUACUAAUUGUUCAAAUGUACAAUAUAAGCAAAAAUAAACAGUUUCCUUUGGUUAUAUACUGUAUUUAUACUGUAUAUGGCAGCUUCCGCUUUAUUGGCAGAAUCAGAAAAAGC